AUGCAAACAUCAACUAUAAAAGAUCGGGUUAAAGUCGCUUUUGAGCAAACGUACAUUAAGUUUUUUGAGUAUAGUUCUUUUGACAUCAUAAAAGUAAUUGGUAAGGGAGGAUUUGGUACUGUAUUUAGUGCUUACUCGAGAGAUACAGAAAAAACUGUUGCCUUGAAGAGUUUAUAUGCUGAUUGUUUUUAUGAGAGUUCAAUUGAUGAUGUAUUUGUUAGAGAGGUCAAAAACAUUACAAAAAUUAAUUAUCACGAUAAUAUCAUACGAUUUUUUGGAAUUACUCAAG